UGCUCAGAGCUCAUGCUCCCAAGCCAACUGUUAACCAAUGAGCCACUCGGCUAGCCCGUAAUGUUCUUUGUUUUAAUGAAUACUUUGUGAGCACCACAUAGCCACUAUUUCAAAAUAUAACAUCCGCAUAACAAUGGCAAUACAGUAUUUCAGCACUCAGAUUUGUUUUUAAAAUGUAUUUUUAGCCACAAAAUGCCUUUAAAACAAGCCAAAAUAUUAUGUAGCUCUCUUUAAAGGUUGAGAAGCUGGGAUAAGAAUUAUGAAACAAAACAUAAAUAAAUGAAGCAGGACCCCCGUUCAAAGAGAUGUCUGUGUGCCAGCUUCAGAGUAAGAAACCCAUACGUCUGAGUUUAUACAGUUAUUUAUAUGUAAUGUGGCUUUCAUUUAGUAUUUUAUAAAGAUCUGCAUACAAUUGUUUCCUUGUAAUCUGUGAAUUUACUUUUUGUAUUGAUCACUUGGUUUUGUAAGCAUACAAGGAAAAUGAAUGAAGUGCUCAAACAAUAAACUGUAAACCAUUGGGAUUCAAAGCAGGACUUUUCUGUUGCCAAAAUUGGCAUGAUGAACUUAAGGAAUUCCCUUUGGACUAGGUCCUCUGUAGCUGGUAUCCAGGGCUAAUGUUAGUGCCUAAACUGAAUUGCUUUCCCCAUAAGGCUAUAUGUUUCCCUCAAAACUGGCAAGCCACUAUUAACCUUAACCCUCAUUAAAGACAUUGGUAGUAUUUAAAAAUUACUAGUUUUCUGUGUAUAUUUUCGUGCUAUAGACUGCAAUUUCAAAUUAGACUUACUUUUAGUAUAUCAUUUUACACCGUCGAUCUAUAAUUCAACACCUGAGCACACCAAGGGAGGCAGUGUUGUGAACUGUGCACUGUAAACUACUUGGUGAAACUGUGCUUUGUAUUUUUAAUGUAUAUAAUUGUAUUUAAAAUCAAGCAAGGCUUAGUUUUGUGCCUGUUUUUCUUUGACAAUAUGGAUUUUUUAUCUGAGGGUUGCAGUUGAUGGCCUUUUGAUACCAUAUUAAUAUGUUUGUUGCUGCUACCAAGAGCUUUGUCAAGCAAGUUGGAGAUGGAGGGAGAUUAGUUCCCGUUCCAAGCCUCAGUGAAGCUGACAAAUACCAGCCUCUAAGUCUGGUGGUAAAAAAGAAACGAUGCUUUCUGUUUCCUAGAUAUAAAUUUACCUCGACACCUUUUACACUGAAAGAUAUUCUUCUAGGAGACAGAGAAAUUUCAGCUGGUAUUUCAUCUUAUCAGUUACUGAACUAUGAGGAUGAAUCAGACGUUUCACUCUAUGGAAGGCGAGGCAACCAUAUUGUGAAUGAUGUUGGGAUUAACGUUACUGGCUCAGAUUCUGUGGCAGUAAAAGCGUCAUUUGGUGUAGUAACCAAACAUGAAGUGGAAGUAUCAACAUUACUCAAGGAAAUUACUACACGAAAAAUUAAUUUUGACCACAGCUUGAUACGUCAGACAAGGAGCAGCAGAAAGGCAGUCUUGUGUGUGGUCAUGGAAAGCAUUCGAACCACACGACAGUGCUCACUGUCUGUGCAUGCCGGAAUUCGUGGGGAAGCCAUGCGGUUUCAUUUUAUGGAUGAACAGAAUGCCAGGGGAAGGGACAAAGCUAUUGUUUUUCCAGCACACACAACCAUAGCUUUCAGUGUUUUUGAACUCUUCAUUUACUUGGAUGGUGCUUUUGACAUUUGUGUCACUUCAGUGAAAAAAGGAGGAUUUGAAAGGGAAGAAACAGCAACGUUUGCAGCGUUCUACAGAUUGAGAAAUAUACUAUUUGAAAGAAAUAGAAGAGUGAUGGACGUCAUUUCUCGUUCACAGCUUUACUUAGAUGAUCUUUUUUCUGACUACUAUGACAAACCUCUCAGCAUGACUGAUAUUUCACUCAAAGAAGGGACUCAUAUCCGAGUUAACUUACUUAAUCACAACAUUCCGAAAGGACCUUGUAUACUCUGUGGAAUGGGAAACUUAAAAAGGGAGACGGUUUAUGGGUGCUUUCAGUGUUCUGUCGAUGGGCAGAAGUACGUGAGACUUCAUGCGGUUCCUUGUUUUGAUAUUUGGCACAAGAGAAUGAAAUAAAAUGGAAAAUAAAUGUACCUUGCUGAUGUUUUAGGUGCAACAGUGCCACGCACCUUUCCAAAAUUAUCUAGGUUCCCUUUGAUGAAUGGUGGCAAAUUAAAAAGGGAGAGAAAA